UGCCGCGAUAAGGACUAGCUAGCUGCUUCACCUCCGCGGACCUCCUCCAUCAGCACAGCGACUGGGUCACAUGACAGCAGGCAGCUUGUAGAGCACACACACCAUCACCGCAGCGCCAUUGACUCUUUUCAGCUCCUUUUUAAGCAAGCUUUUACUCCCGCUCGGAGUGCGCCAGGUGGAGGAUGACUGGUAAAACCCAGACCAGCAACGUGACCAACAAGAAUGACCCGCGCUCGCUCAACUCCAGAGUCUUCAUCGGCAACCUCAACACGGCCAUCGUCAAGAAGACCGACAUCGAGGUCAUCUUCGCCAAGUACGGAAAGAUCGUGGGCUGCUCCGUGCACAAGGGCUACGCCUUCGUACAGUACCUGGCUGAGAGGAACGCCCGGGCGGCCGUGGCCGGCGAGAACACCCGCGUCAUCGCCGGACAACCUUUGGACAUAAACAUGGCUGGCGAGCCCAAACCCUACAGGCCCAAAAGCGUCUCCAAAAGGCCUAUCUCAGCGGUCUACAGCCCCCUCUCCCACAGUGGUUAUGAAUUUGACUACGAGUACUACAGAGAUGACUUCUACAGCAGGCUUUUUGACUACCACGGCCGAGUGGCGCCCCCUCCAAGAGCCGUGAUCCCCGUGAAGCGCUCCAGGGUGCUGGCUCCUUCAUCCCGCCGCGGGAAAGCCUCCUUCCAUAUCAAAACGUCCUCCUCUUCCUCGUCGUCCUCCUCCAGACCUCCCACGUCCUCCUCCGCAGCCGGCAUCAAACUGAAGACCAACCAGCUGCAGACCAUCAAACGGGAGCUGACGCAGAUCAAGACUAAGAUCGAUUCCCUGCUGGGUCGCCUGGAGAAGAUUGAGAAGCAGCAGAGAGUCGAGUCCGAGGCUCAGAGGAAGUACGAGGACAACUGCGACUCGCUGCAUGACGAGUCGGUGUCAGAGGCGGCGGAGAACUCCGGCGAGGAGGCCGGCGGGGGAGCGCUGGACGUGGAGGCCGGCGAGAUGAGCGACUGCGGCGAGGACGACUACGACGAAGAGGACGAGGAGGGCGGCCGCCGCCAUCUGAUAGAGAACCACAUUUCGGAUAUUGACAACUGAAAUGAGGAAAUUGUCCCAAAUUCAUCAUUCCUUUCAUGAGGCGGAGAGAGGGAGGAUCAGCGAAGUAUCCAGAGUGACCGGACGGACUUGAAGAGACGCCGACGAGUGGGCAGCAAAAGUGGCGUAUGUAAAAAAAUUAAUUUAAAAAAUUACAAUUUACCACAAAUAGUGCGCUGUUGUCGUAUCCCACAGGGAUACUUGGGGUGUGGUUUUGUGUACGCAGAACAUUUUCUUAAUGUGAAUAAAAUGUAUUUAUUCA